AUGCUUUCAUUAUAUAUUUUUUCAAGACUUGAGAUCUGUUCUUUCUCUGGUCACAGAAUCUAUCCUGCUAAGGGUAAGACCUACGUUCGUACUUUCAAGUUCAUCAAUGGUAAGGCUGAAUCUUACUUCCUCCAACGUUUGAACCCUCGUAAGAUUAGAUGGACCGUCAUUUACCGUCGCUUGAACAAGAAGGGUAUUACCGAAGAAGUUCAAAAGAAGAGAUCUCGUCGUACUGUCAAGCACGAACGUGCCGUUGUUGGUGCCUCUUGGGAUGCCAUCCGUGCCAAGCGUAGCCAAAAGCCUGAUGCUCGUGCUGCUGCUCGUCAAGCUGCUAUUGCCAAGAGCAAGGAAGCCAAGAAGGCUGCUGCUGCUGCUAAGAAGGCCAACCCUUCUGCUGGUAAUCAAGCCAAGGUCAGCAAGCAACAAGCCAAGGGUUUCGCUCCUAAGGCUGCUGCCACCUCUCGUUAA